UUAGUGUAUAACGAAUUUAUAAUUAUUUUCUUUGAGUGAUAAUAUAUAAAAUAAAUAUGAUCACGAUUGUAAAGAGAAUAGAUAAGGUUUAAUCUAUUUUGUGAUUCUAACUUCAAACGGUUAGCAAACAAAAAUGAUGCAUGAUAAGGAUGCGUUCUGUAUUUUAAUGAAAGAUUUUUCAGGUAUUAUAAAUAUAUUAAUAUUAAUGAUUUAUUUAUUAGUUAAAAAGUAUAAUUAAAAGGUGUUAUACACAAAAAGAAAUAAUGUUGCAACUACAAGAUUAUGGAAGUAGUAGUAGCAGCGAUGAAUGCGAAACCCUCGAGGAUAAUACAGGGAAUGAAUCUAAAAUAAACAUGCAAGAAUUAACUAAAAAAUUUGCAAUAAAUGCUACGCCUCAUGUUUUACCUCCGGCACACGACACUUCUGUUCAAUAUGUUGAUAUAGGUACAAAAGAAAUAACGCGAAAUAUGAAAUAUGAAGAGCUGUUUACACCAAUUGCUGGGCCAGAAAAUCCAUUUAAAACACAACAACAAAAAGCAGCUAAAAAUAUGAUGACUGGAUUUGUUGAAAAAGCACAUAUAAGUGAUUUUAUGUUUGAAACACAGAGAAGAACAUUUCAUAGUUUUGGAUAUGCUUUGGAUCCUACUGUUGAUUCAAAUGAAAUUAUUGGUCGAAAACCAGAAAGAGAUGAUUUUAAGACUGUUUUUGAAUCGUUGCCUAAAAGACAAGCUGAUAAGAGAAAAAGACUUAAAAAUGAUAAUCCAGAAGAUAUUGACGGGUAUCUAGGACCAUGGGGAACAUUUAUUGAUGAGAAAAAAAUAGCUAAACCUGAAGGGGAAGAUGCAGCUGCUAUUGAAGAAUUUUUAGCAAAGAAGCAUAAGCGUGGUAAGAAAGUUGAAGAUAAGAGUUUUAAGGAAAAAUCUAUUCUUCAUAUUAAAGAUCCUGUAGAUUACCAGGGACGAUCAUUCUUACAUAUACCUCAAGAUGUAGGAGUUAACCUUAAAUCAAAUAUGCCACCUGAUAGAUGUUUUCUACCCAAAGCACAUAUUCAUACAUGGCAAGGUCAUACUAAAGGAAUAUCAGCUAUACGAUGGUUUCCACGUUCAGCUCAUCUUCUUAUGUCAUGUAGUAUGGAUUGUAAAGUUAAAUUAUGGGAUGUUUAUAGAGAUAGAAAGUGUAUACGAACAUAUAUUGGUCAUACACAGGCAGUUAGAGAUACAUGUUUUAAUAAUAAAGGAACUAAAUUUUUAUCAGCAGCAUAUGAUCGUUAUGUUAAGUUAUGGGACACAGAAACUGGAGACUGUAUAAAAAGUUUCACUAACCAUAAAGUUUUAUAUUGUGUAAAAUUUAAUCCUGAUGAAGAUAAACAACAUUUGUUUGUUGCCGGAACUGCUGAUAAAAAAAUUGUUUGUUGGGAUACAAGAUCUGGAAAUAUUGUUCAAGAAUAUGAGAGACAUUUAGGAGCUGUUAACAGUAUUACUUUUGUUGAUGAAAACAGACGAUUUGUUACAACUUCUGAUGACAAGAGUCUUCGUGUUUGGGAAUGGGAUAUACCAGUUGAUAUGAAAUAUAUUGCUGAUCCUACUAUGCAUUCUAUGCCUAGCGUAACACUUGCUCCUAACAAAAAAUGGUUGGCUUGUCAGAGUAUGGAUAACAAAGUUGUUAUAUUCUCAGCAAUGAAUCGUUUUAAAGUGAAUAGAAAAAAAAGUUUUUCUGGUCACAUGGUUGCAGGUUAUGCUUGUUCAUUAGAUUUCUCACCUGAUAUGAGUUACUUAAUUUCGGGGGAUGCUGAUGGUAAAGUAUUUAUAUGGGAUUGGAAAACAAGUAAAUUAUACACAAAAUGGAAAGCCCAUGAUAAUGUUUGUAUAGCAACUUUAUGGCAUCCACAUGAACCUAGUAAAGUUGCAACAGCUGGAUGGGAUGGCAUGAUCAAAUAUUGGGAUUAAUUUUUUUUUUUCUAUGUAAGAUCUAUAAAAAUUAUUUUUUUUAUUGACUAUUGACUAUGUAUAAUAAUUAUGUAUAUUUAUUAACUAAAAAAAUAUAUGUAUAUUUCAUGUAUGGUAAUUAAAUGUUUAAUUAAUG